AUGACUUCCAAGGAGAAAAGUACGAGCCCAAACGAGAAUUUCCAUCCAACAGAUAUGGGUACACCAUCAAGAAAACGAUUGCAUGAAACAAAAGAUGCUGAAAUGACUCCAACAACAUCAAGAACUCGAAGAGUAAGUAGCGAUGAUGAUUUUGAAGAAGAAGAAGAUGAAGUAAUGGAUGUAGAUGAAGCACAAGCUGCUAAAAAACCAAGACAGCAAAAUGCAAGAGAUGAAUUAGCGGUUGCUGGAAGAGUUGCUGGAGUUCAUCUUCAAAAUUUCAUGUGUCACGCAAAUUUAUCGAUUGAUUUCGAUACAGAUCAUAACAAUUGUUUCUAUAUUGGUGGACCAAAUGGUAGUGGAAAAUCUGCACUUUUUGCUGCAAUUAAUAUUGGUCUUGGUGGAAAAGGAUCUGAUAAUGAUCGAGGAAAUACGGUUAAAUCAUAUAUCAAAGAUGGAACACAAACUGCCAAAAUUACAAUUACUUUGACAAAUGUCGGACAGAAUUCACAUCCUGAUUAUGGUGAUUUGGUUGCAAUUGAAAGAACUAUCAAUCAAUCGUCUUCUACUUAUAUCAUAAAAAGUAUUACAAGAAUUGGAAAAAGUGUCAAAGGUAUUUAGUUAAUUUAAAGUUUCUCCAAUAAUUAUUUUCUAUUUGAAAUUUUUCAGAAGAAAUUGUGAGCAAGAAAAAAUGCGAUGUUGACCGACUUGUUGAUCGAUUCAAUAUUCAUUUAUCAAAUCCCGCUUUUUGGAUGAGUCAAGAUAGAUCUCGCAGUUUUCUUGCAAAUUUCAAACCAGGAAAUGUCUACAAGUUAUAUCAAGAAGCUACACAUUUGGAUAAAAUCAAGCAAAGUUAUAUGAAUAAUGCAACUUUGUAUGCUGAUUAUAACAGAAUGAUGACUGUCAAACAGGUUGAUAUUGCGAAAAAGACAAAGUAUGCAAUUUUCAUUCGUUCAAAAAUAAUCCCAAAAAUCGAUUUUCAGAGAAUUGAAACGUUUGAACGAGAUUCGACAACUUCAUGAUAAAAUUCAAGAAGAUCAACGAGAUUUAGAUGUUUAUCAAUGGAAUUUGAUGUUUUGUUCUAUUCGAGAUGUUGAAGACGAUUUGAAAAUGGUUGGAAAGAAAAUUGAGAAAAAUGUUGAGAUGGCCGAAGAAAAUAAGAAAGCAAUGUUGGAAAAUCGAGAGGAAAGAAGAGUUAGUUAGAGUUUGAAAAACAACAAAAAUAAUGUUUUCUUUUUUCAGAAAAUCAUGAGAAAGGUGGAAGAAUUAACUGAUGAUAUUGAAGAUAAGAGAACUGAAUUUGAUGGAUUGAAAGAUGAUAUGAAAGAAUUAAAAAAUCGAAAAGAAGAUGAAGAACAAGCCAAAAAACAGUUCGAUAAAGAUAUCUCGACAAAACAAGGUGCUAUUGCGUAUGUUUUUUCCAAUUAUCAAUACUCGAAUAUGAUUUUCUUAUUCUUUUAGAACCAUCUUAACUCGAAUUAAUUCGUCAAAAAGAACAAUCCAAAAAUUGACUGAAAAAGCUGGAAGUGAUGAUAUGAAAAGAAAGUUGGCACGCGCUGAAGAAAAAUUGGAAGAAUAUCGAGAUGAACGAAGUCGAAUGGAAAAAAGUGGAACUGGUUUUGAAAUGAGUGAAAAGCUGAAAGCAAUUGAAAAAGAAGUGAAUUCGGCACAAAAUAGAUUGUAUGAUGCAAGAACGAAAAUUGAGGGAAAGAAGAGAAAAAUUGAGGAAUAUAAAGAUCAAAUCAAACGAUCGAAGGCUGUUAAGAGUAAUAAAAUUAAUAAGUGAGUCAAUUUGAUCAACUCAACUGAAAAAAUAAAAGAUUUUUGCAGGUUUGGUCAACGUAUGGCAGAUAUUGUUGGAGAAAUUGAAAGAAAUCGUUCACGUUUUGGAAUGCUUCCAAAAGGACCAAUUGGAAAAUAUGUUUCCAUUCUCGAUAGAAAAUGGUCAUAUCCAGUUGAAGAAUGUAUUGGAAAUCUUGCUUCACAAUUCAUUUGUAAUGAUUCAAGAGAUGCAGCAACUUUGAGAAGUAUUUUCGACAAUCUUCGAAUGCAUCCAAGAGAUAGACCAAAUUUGAUUGUUAGUCGGUUUUUGGGAAGACCUCAUGAUAAUCUACAAGAACCUGAUAUGAAUUUUUCGACUAUUUAUCGAAUGCUCGAGAUUUCUGAUGUUGAUGUUCAGUGAGUUUUUUGAAAACGAUUAUUUAGGCAAACUACCCUGAUAUCUACCUGAUUAUCGCGAACAAUUUCGAAUUUUUCAGCAAUGCUUUGAUCGACAAAAAUCAAAUUGAAUCGAUUCUUUUAUUGGCGAAUAAUCGAGAUGCAAUGAAAUAUAUGGACAGUGCUCGACCACCAAUUAAUGCAUCCAAAGCAUAUACAUUGGAUGGAUCACAAGCAUUUGCUGGUGGACCAAAUGGUCAAUAUCGUUUUUAUGCUGGAAGAGCAUCGAAUGCAAGAGGAUUGUUUGAUGGAGGAGAAGAAGUUAUUGAUGAAAAGUAUGUUGUUGUUUUUUUGUUGUUGUUAAUUUCAAAUAUUUCAAUAUCUUGUUUUUUUCAGGGAAAUCCAGAAUGAGAUUAGUAAACUUCAAGAAGAGAUUGAAAGAAUUCAAUAUAAUGAUUUGAAAGAAGCUAAUGAUGAGCAACAUAGGACAGCAAUUGAGCACAACAAAAUUAAAAGUGGAUUGGACGCAUUUGAAAGAAGAUUGAGUGAAGUUAGAAAUUUAGAAAUUCGAACUGAAAGAGAUGUGAGAGAUUUGCAAGCAAGUAUUAAUAGUGAAGAUGUUUUGGAAGAAAUCAAUGUGCUCAAUCAUGGAAUUGGUGAAUUAGAAGAUCGAAUUAGAGCCACUGAAGAUGAAAUUGAACAAAUUCGAGAAGCGAAAAGAGAAGCUAUGCAAAAGAUAAAUCCAUCGGCUGAUAAACUGCAAAAACUUGAACAAGAAAAUCGAAAACAUGCUGAAGAAAUCAAGAAACAACGCGAUAUUUUGACUGAAUUCGAAGGAAAAAUUACGAAAUUGGAUCAGACUUAUCAAAGAUUGACAUCAACAGAUGGAAAAUAUGAAGCUGCAAAACAAGCAUUUUUCAACGAUGAACAACAAUUGAAAAUGAAUCUUGAUGAUAUUAAGAAAAUGGUUAAUGAAAAUAAGGUUGGAAUGAAAAAACCAGCUCAAUGUAGUGAUCCACCAGAUUUAUCCAAUUUCCCUCCAACUCUUGAUGCAAAUCGAAUUUAUAAAGAGAAAGUCAAACGAGUUGAAGCGGCAAAAGCUGGAAUUGAUGAAAAUGUGACAAUGGAAUCGGUUGCCAAAUUCAAAGAUGAGGUGAAAAAGGAAAAAAUGAUGGUGAAACGAAUUAUUCAACUUGUGGAGAAUAUGAAUGAUCUUCUACAAAAACGUGUUGAUAUGUAUCCGUCUGUUAAGAAAUACACUGAAACUAAGGUUCGACUCAAGUUCCAAAAACUUCUUGCAACUCGAGGGUAAGUUUUGGCUUUAAGAAAUCUUAAAAUUCUUGGAAAAGAUAUCUUUUGAAAAGUUUUUAAUUUAAUAGAAAUGUUUUUUUCAGACACUUCAUUGGAGAUCUUGUUUUCGAUUAUGAAAGAGAGACUUUAAAUGUUGUUGUAACAUCUUCGAAAGACAAAGAUGCUCAGAAUCUUUUGAAUGCUGCUGAAGAUGGAGAUGAUGAAGAAGAAGAUUGUAGACAACCUGAAGAUGAUGAUGGAUUCAUUGAUGAUUCAGAUGCUUCAGAUGAUGAACCUGCUAAGAAGAAGUCGAAAAAAGCGAAAAAGCCACCAAAGAAGAAGAAGGUGAAAGAUUUGAAAGGAUUGUCUGGUGGAGAACGAAGUUUUGUUACGGCUGCACUUGUUAUGGCACUUUGGGAAGUUAUGGAACAACCAUUUAGAAUGAUGGAUGAAUUUGAUGUUUUCAUGGAUAUGAUGAAUCGAAAGGUAGAUUUGAAUUUCAGGGAUUCGGUUCAAGGGGAAUUUUUAAAGACUGCUCUGAUUUAGAUAAUAAUAUAAUUUCAUCCUGAAAAUAUCAAAAUCCUUUCCAAAUGUUUUGUUUUCAGAUUGUCAUGGAUUUGCUUGUCAAAAUGGCUACCACCGAAUUCCCCCACAAUCAGUUCAUCUUCUUCACUCCACAAGGAAUCAAAGAGAUUGAUAAAGUUGAUGGACUUCAAAUUUUUGAAAUGAACAAAGUUCGCGAUUAA